AUGAACAAAUAUCGAGCUGGAUUUAACGAAUGCGCGGGAGAAGUCGCGCGUUAUAUGGACUCAUCCACGGGGGUGGACCUGUCCGUCAAAAACCGAGUUCUCAACCAUCUCGCCAACUGUGUUAACCACGUGACGCCCAACACCCAAUCAGCGCAGGUCCACCCAGCGCUCAUUCAGCCUCUGCACGUGCAGAUGCCGCCAACCAAUCAGCUUGGCGUAUCGGCGUUUUCCAUCACGUGUGCCCCAACGUGGAAUGUGAUUGGUUCUAACAACAUCACCAACAUCACCAUGUCGGGGAACGCCCAACAGAACAUACGUCCUUCACCUUCCCCUGCGUUUUCAACCAAAAUGGAAUAUUCCACUGUAAACAGGAUACCGGAUGCGGAAGCGAGACCGCCGAGACUACAGUGUAUUGUGUCUCCCUUGGAUACCACGUGUGACGUCAAAGGGGAUUCCUCGGGGAGCGAUGAUGUGGAAAACUGCAGUAGCCUUGAUCUGUCCGUUAAGAAUCACUGUGAUAGACAAAGUCCAAAAGAUAUUUCAGAACCGGUGGUCGAUGUGCCGGUUAAACAGGAACACAGACCCGAGUGUAUACCGGAACUUAGGGUGCCUACGCCGCAGGUUCAAGGUCCUGCGCAUGCGUAUAAUGAUACUAUGUGGAGGCCAUGGUAG